GAAAGCUUGAACUCUGAACCCGGUUGCGAUUGUUCUUUCCUUUCCUGUUUCGGCUUUAGAAGAGACACAUUGAGGUAAGAUAUCGCAGAAUUUAAAUCCAAAGUAAUCCUAUUUCACUCUAUGUAUAUAGCGCCCUUUGUACUUUUAAUUGAUACACUGAGUUUUGAUAUGUAUGUAAAAUGUGCUAUUUGUCUGAAAUUGGCUAUAGAAGUUUGGAUUAGACCGCAUUAGUGUCGACUGGAAGCAGCGGUUUCCAUCAUUGGAAGGCCUGAAUUUCGUUUACUGGAUGGAGCACAUUGAGUGGGUUUUGUGAUUUGCCAUGUUAACCAUAUUGUCUUCCCCCUUGUGCAUUUUUGCUGCUGUGAAUUCCUAUUCCUUUAAAAUUCUAUCGAAGGGACAUGUUGAGUGUAACGUUAGCUAGUUAGGUUGAUGUCGUCGUGGUUAUUCAGUGCUAACGUUACAGUUGUUGGCUAACGAUGGGGUACUGCAGUUUUUAGUCUUGACAUUGCUGUGACAAUCACACAUGGAUUAUUUUUGUAUUGAAAUUGUGUCGUGUUGUACAAUCUAUGAUAUAACGUUAGCUAACUAGUCUAGCUACUUGCUGUGGUGCCAUGUGAUUUUUGUAUCAAACGUUGUUUUUUUAGCUAGCUUACGUUAGUUGGUUAUUGGUCAGUUGCGAUAAGUUAGUUAAUGGUGGUCCAUAUGAUCACCUACACAGUGAUUCACUUAACUAGUUAGCAAUGGUACUCACUCCACCUGGUCCCAAUUUGGGGCACUUGAAUGGAUGCUAAUGCCAGACUUGUCUGACGCCAUCAAUGAUGACCAAUGUCUCUUUUGCAGCUAUGGCACCUCGUAAGGGUAAGGAAAAGAAGGAAGAGCAGGUCAUUGCCCUGGGACCCCAGGUUGCCGAAGGCGAGAAUGUUUUUGGAGUCUGCCACAUCUUUGCAUCCUUCAAUGAUACCUUCGUUCAUGUCACUGAUCUUUCGGGCAAGUAAGUACUGGAUACAAUUGAACAGUGAUGUUUUUGGGUUAAACUAAUGCGUGUAAAAGGUGCAUGCAUCUCACUGCUAUCCAUCAAUAGCAAUCAGUCGUAUGAUCAUAUUGUGAGAGCAACUGCCUUGUCUGAAUUGGUUUCAAAUGCGUUGUCCCCUCCAGGGAAACUAUCUGCCGUGUGACUGGUGGUAUGAAGGUGAAGGCCGACAGAGACGAGUCCUCCCCCUACGCCGCUAUGUUGGCCGCCCAGGACGUCGCCCAGAGGUGCAAGGAGCUGGGAAUCACUGCCCUGCACAUCAAGUUGAGGGCAACUGGCGGCAACAGGUAAGGAACCCCCCUCACUGAUCUGAAGCACAAUCUGGUGUUUUUCCAUCAGACCUUGUCUUUGGUACAUCCACAGUGCAUGAUGCAGCUAAAUUGUUCUGGUACAUUGUCCUUUGACUACUCUUGUUGCAUCUGUAAAUAUACCAUGCAAUUAAAGGACCACUAUUUCAAUGUCAUUUCUUGUCCUGUGCGGGUGUGGGAAGUUCCUGUGGAGUUGAUAAACAUCACAAAUAGGUCACUGACAGCUCAGUGUAGCUAGCUAGCAUGCUAACCUUAUAUAGUUAGAUGUCUAUGUACAGUAUCUUGCUAAUGUUAUCGUUGUAGCAGCUUUUUUUUUUUAACUACACCAUAAUCAAAAGAUUAGCCAAGCUGGCUCUAUGGCUGGAGAUGGAUUUGCAGUAAGCAUUGAUUUAGGGAAAACUUCGCCACAGAUGGAAACCACUGGCCUAUCUUUUACUUUUAAUUUAUUAACUUUUAUAUAACCAGGGGACACCAUUAAGUUCAGGGUCUUAUUUCCAAUGUGAGCAACAAUUCAAGCAUUUUCACUACAACAUUAGUUACUUUCAAUGUAUACAAUCAAUCAAAACAUUUAUUUUAUCAGAGCCCUAAAUUCACCUUUUGGGACCAAAGACUAAAGUUGUUGGGACCUGUAGGUCAUUACAGGACUGAGGGGCAUAGUAACUGAAAGUAGUCUUCCCUAACUGAGGAGACCUGCGGAACCUCUAGAACCAACCAGUCUUGAGUGUUAUAUUAACUGGAUUUCCAAUUUAGAAGUGCGGUAGUAUGGGAGUUUCUGGAGAAGUGCUUUUAUAUACAAAUAAAUGCCAAUGUUGGGCCCUUCCGGUAGUCAGAAUACCAGCCAACAGAACUAUGAGAAGGGCAUAAAAUUACAUUUUUGGGCCACCAGCCACUGGCAGGUAAAUAAAAAUAAAUCUACCAGCCACUCAGUUUUUUUACCAGCCCAAAUAUUUCUCCCCUGCUGAAAUUACACCAACACACACACAAAGAUAAGCAUGCUUUGUAAUGUUUCUAAAACAAUAAAUGUAUUACUGGUAAGAAGUAAUGUGGCAUAUUGUUUAAUUUCAUUUUGUGACCUGAGUCUUUUAACCACAAUAUCACAGAUGAGACAAAUAUUCACCUGUCCCUUUUAGGGCUUGGAGUUACCGCGACUCGAGUCAUGUUUGUACCUGUGAGAUUGAGUCUGACUAGUAGAAGCUUUGUCUUCUCUUCCCUUGCAGUUGAAACUCAAACCUAGAAAAACAACCAAGCUUUUGAACAAAACAAUGUAAAUAGCCAAGAAACACAAGUACAAAGUCUCACUUCACUAGACUUUCGUUUCAAGUAAAGAGAUCAACUAUUCCACCUCGUGUUGCAGCACGAGGUGGAAUAGGCUAUAUAGAUUCGUAGCUCUUUGAUUUUGUGCAAUUAAUUUACCAGCUAUGAAACAACCAGAAAUACAAACAGCUACUGAAGCAUUACUUUUACUAUAAAUGUGAUCAUACUUGACUAUUUCUAUUCACAAAUGCGAGUGAAAUGCUCACAUUGUGGAGCCCUGACCACCGCCAACAUGGCUUGUGAGAUAGACAUCUUACCUGCCAAUGCCAAAAUCUACCCGCGGGUGUUGGCGGGCCCUGUAUAUGAGACAAUGAUGUGUAUGGAAAUAAUCACCAGGGAAUAACCGCUAUUGUCUUUGUUCAUGAUCAUGCACGCUGCAAAUGACAUGUAACUUUUUCAUUAUCUGGAUGGUUUCUAGCUAACGUUACACCUAUCAAAGCACUGUAGUGAAGCGAAACUUCAGUGGUGAAAACAUUCAUCUUGGAGGAGCGGGUUUUGCUAAAUGCCAUAUCGCACAAUUAUACCAUUUUAUAAAAUUGUCAGAUACAGUGCAUUUGGAAAGUAUUCACACCCCUUGACUUUUUCCACAGCCUUAUUCUAAAAUGGUUACAAUUGUUUUUUUCCCCUCAUCAAUCUACACACAAUACCCCAUAAUGACGAAGAAAAUAUAUAUUUUUAGAAAUGUUUGCUAAUUUAUUUAAGUAUUCAGACCCUUUGCUCAGUACUUUGUUAAAGCACCUUUGGCAGCGAUUACAGCCUUGACCCGAAACCACUCCUGCGUUGUCUUGGCCGUGUGCUUAGGGUCAUUGUCCUGUUGGAAGGUGAUCCCUCGCCCCAGUCUGAGGUCCUGAGCGCUCUGGAGCAGGUUUUCAUCAAGGAUCUCUCUGUACUUUGCGCCGUUCAUCUUUGCCUUGAUCCUGACUAGUCUCCCAGUCCCUGCCGCUGAAAAACAUCACAGCAGCAUGAUGCUGCCACCACCAUGCUUCACCGUAGGGAGGGUGCCAGGUUUCUUCCAGACACGAUGCUUGGCAUUCAGGCCAAAGAGUUCACUGUUGGUUUUAUCAGACCAGAGAAUCUUGUUUCUCAUGGUCUGGGUCUUUAGGUGCCUUUUGGCAAACUCCAAGCGGGCUGUCAUGUGCCUUUUACUGAGGAGUGGCUUCCAUCUGGCCACUCUACCACAAAGGCCUGAUUGGUGGAGUGCUGCAGAGAUGGUUGUCCUUCUGGAAGGUUCUCCCAUCUCCACAGAGGAACUCUGGAGCUCUGUCAGUGACCAUCGGGUUCUUGGUCACCUCCCUGACUCAAGGCCCUUCUCCCCCGAUUGCUCAGUUUGGCCGGGUGGCCAGCUCUAGGAAGAGUCUUGGUGGUUCCAAACGUCUUGCAUUAUCUUUGGGACCUUCAAGGCUGCAGAAUUUUGGGUACCCUUCCCCAGACCUGUUCCUCGACCCAAUCCUGUCUUGGAGUUCUACGGACAAUUCCUUCGACCUCAUGGCCUCGUUUUUGCUCUGACAUGCACUGUCAACUGUGGGACCUUUUUAUAUAGACAGGUGUGUGCCUUCCCAAAUCAUGUCCAAUCAAUUGAAUUUACCACAGGUGGACUCCAAUCAAGUUGUAGAAACGUCUCAAGGAUGAUCAAUGGAAACAGGAUAAACCUGAGCUCAAUUUCGAGUCUCAUAGCAAAGGGUCUGAAUACUUAUGUAAAAUUGUUUUAUUUUUAAUACAUUUGCAAAAUUGUAUAGAAACCGGUUCGCUUUCAUAGAGUAUUGAGGAAUUUAUUUUUAAUCAAUUUUAGAAUAAGGCUGUAAUGUAACAAAAUGUGGAGAAUGGGUCUGAAUACUUCCUGACUGCACUGUAUAUAUUUUGAAUACAGACAAGCUAAACAUAUUUAUAUAAAAAUUUGCGAAUUAACCAUGGAUUAUGAUACUUUUCUGGAGAGAAUUUGCUCCAUUGCUCAUGCAGCCAAGUGGAUACGAGGCUGUUUGGCUCAUCCCAGUUGCGUAGAGGAAUCACUUUGCAGCUGUUUCUGUUGACAAUGCCAUGCUGGUGGGUGGUCCCAUUCAAAUAAAACCCAGCCCUGAAACGUAAUGUAGGCUGAAAAUAAUUUGUAUAUCCAUAGGAAGACACCGCAUUCACACGGAUUUGUGCUAAUUGGGCAGUUUGGAUUUGUCACUUCAAGCCCAGAUAUAUCAUACUUUGACUAAAGCUAUGACUUGACUUAAAUCGUUGUGCAACACUAUUCUUUCAGCUCGAAAAAGUGGAUUUCUACUGGUGUGGGUGUUUUAAGUGCAGUCUAUUUUGGCUGGGUUUAUCUAUAAUGGACUAUGUAUUAGUCUUGUGUGCAACAUUACUCAGUGUGAACAUUUGCCUUUCAGAACCAAGACCCCUGGACCAGGAGCACAGUCUGCUCUCCGUGCCCUGGCUCGUUCUGGCAUGAAAAUUGGACGCAUCGGUAAGCUUUCGCUCAGUUACCCUGUCAGGAGAAUCUGUAAUAAGCAAGCUACUGCUGUUUAUUUUUUCUCACCCCCCGCCUUAGACCAAUCGAUGGUCCACUUGUUAGUAGGGCUGGGCGAUAUAUCGAAUUCAUUCAAAUUUGUUUUAGCGCGAUGUUCCUAAUGCCUGUAUCGCAAGAAUCAGGGUUUUUAUUUUUACGUUUUAAUAAGCGUUUGUCUUUUUGGUCUCAUCUCCUUCGCUCCUUCUGUACUUGUGUGCACUGUGCAUCUUCCCACUUGCACAGACAUACAGCCCUUCCCACUGCCACUCACAAGAUCACUUUUCCCUCUAUGACAACAAGCAGUUUGAACUCGCUAUUUUCGUUUAAGAUUUGGUCAAACAGAAUCUGUUUUAAUGUUCAAACAGUUGGGAGAUGGACAGGAGGGUGUAUUCAUUAGUUCUACCUUGUUAGCAAGCAGAUAGAUCCACUUAUGCUAGAGUAAAAAGAUUAGCUGGCUACUCACUAGCAUGUGGGCUUGUGCUUGAUUGUUUGAGACCUGUGUUUAAUUUUCUAUAAUGGCUGCUACUAGAAGAUGGUCAUCAUUAGUGUAUGUGCAUAGUUCUGGUUAUAUUUGUAACAAAGGGCCUUUUCGUAGACCAGACUUGAAAGCCAGAUCAGUGAAUAUUGCAAAAAAGCAGGGUAAACUUUCUUUAAAUAAAAUAUUUACAUUAUUAGUGGGUCUUGUGGUUGGGGAUGACUUAUAUUUAGCCUAGGUAUAACUUUACACGCCCUGGAUUAGAUUAUUCCUGACUGUUUGAAAUGCAGUGUAUCAACCUUUUUAAUUGUGCAGCAAAGCUUAUUUAGAGAACAUAAAAAUAUCUACAGUAGAUGUGUAUUGUGAAUCCCCCAUAAGUGUGUAUAUAAAAAAUAAAGAUUUUUAAGCCAUAUCGCCCAGCCCUAAUUGUUAGUUAUAGCACUGCCAUGGAUGAUUCAACUAAUCAAGGUGAGGGUUGGGAAACACUACCAUGUGUCUGCGUGUAUCAUGAAUGAAGGGUUACAUCUACAUUGAUGUUUUCCAGAGGAUUAACAUGUUUCAGUUGGGAAAUGAUUUUUCUGCUAGUCUUAGAAUACUCUGUUAAAAAAAUAUAUACUGUUCUGUUAGCCUGUUUUGUUUAAGCCUCCUGAACAGUGUAAUUUACAUGCAUACCAUAAAACUUCAAUUAUGAGCCUUGCCGUUUUAUUUGCUUAAAUCGCUGGACACAACAGGCACUUAUUAGCGACUGGGGUCAAUUGGAGCAAGUCGUCAAUUUCCUACUUACAGCUUUUGCUCAUUUGCCUAGUUAAUUAUUUAAUUCCAGCAUUCACUUAUAGCAUUUUAAUAAUUUUCUUAAUUUCCUGCACUUAUCAUUUAUACACUGUCACGUUUUUUUUUCUUAGUACGCCUCUAUUUCUAUUGUCCUCUAUCCUUUUCUGCAAUUCUUACUUUCAGUCAUUACUUGGUUUGUACAGUCGUGGUCAAACGUUUUGAGAAUGACACAAGUAUUGGUCUUCACAAAGUUUGCUGCUUCAGUGUUUUUAGAUAUUUUUGUCAGAUGUUACUAUGGUAUACUGAAGUAUAAUUACAAGCAUUCCAUAAGUGCACCCUUCUUUUUCAAGUCCUCUGCAAUCUGCCCUGGCAUGCUGUCAAUUAACUUCUGGGCCACAUCCUGACUGAUGGCAGCCCAUUCUUACAUAAUCAAUGCUUAGAGUUUGUCAGAAUUUGUGGGUUUCUGUUUGUCCACCCGCCUCUUGAGGAUUGACCACAAGUUCUCAAUGGGAUUAAGGUCUGGGGAGUUUCCUGGCCAUGGACCCAAAAUUUCUAUGUUUUGUUCCCCGAGCCACUUAGUUAUCACUUUUGCCUUAUGGCAAGGUGCUCCAUCAUGCUGGAAAAGGCAUUGUUCGUCACCAAACUGUUCUUGGAUGGUUGGGAGAAGUUGCUCUCGGAGGAUGUUGUUGGUUUCAUUCUUUAUUCAUGGCUGUGUUCUUAGGCAAAAUUGUGAGUGAGCCCACUCCCUUGGCUGAGAAGCAACCCCACAUAUGAAUGGUCUCAGGAUGCUUUACUGUUGGCAUGAGACAGGACUGAUGGUGGCGCUCACCUUGUCUUCUCCGGACAAGCUUUUUUUCCAGAUGCCCCAAACAAUCGUAAAGGGGAUUCAUCAGAGAAAAUGACUUUACCCCAGUCCUCAGCAGUCCAAUCCCUGUACCUUUUGCAGAAUAUCAGUCUGUCCCUGAUGUUUUUCCUGGGGAGUAGUGGCUUCCUCGCUGCCCUUUACACCAUGCCAUCCUCCAAAAGUCUUCGCCUCACUGUGCGUGCAGAUGCACUCAAACCUGCCUGCUGCCAUUCCUGAGCAAGCUCUGCACUGGUGGUGCCCCGAUCCCGCAGCUGAAUCAACUUUAGGAGACGGUCCUGGCGCUUGCUGGACUUUCUUGGGCGCCUUGAAGCCUUCUUCACAACAAUUGAAUCUCUCUCCUUGAAGUUCUUGAUGAUCCGAUAAAUGGUUGAUUUAGGUGCAAUCUUACUAACAGCAAUAUCCUUACCUGUGAAGCCCUUUUUGUGCAAAGCAAUGAUAAUGGCACGUGUUUCCUUGCAGGUAACCAUGGUUAACAGAGGAAGAACAAUGAUUACAAGCACCACCCUCCUUUUAAAGCUUCCAGUUUGUUAUUCUCACUCAAUCAGCAUGACCGAGUGAUCUCUAGCCUUGUCCUCGUCAACACUCACCUGUGUUAACGAGAGAAUCACUGACAUGAUGUCAGCUGGUCCUUUUGUGGCAGGGCUGAAAUCCAGUGGAAAUGUUUUUUGGGGGAUUACGUUCAUUUUGAUGGCAAGAGGGACUUUGCAAUUCAUCUAAUCACUCUUCAUAUCAUUCUGGAGUAUAUGCAAAUUGCCAUCACAAAAACUGUGGCAGCAGACUUUGAAAAUUAAUAUUUGUGUCAUUAACUUUUGACCACGACUGUACUCCCGAAGUUGACUGUUUGUGAUUGCCAUUUAGCAAGCAGUAUUCAGCUGUUAGCAGCCAAUGGCUAGCAGUUUCUUACUGCCGAUAAAAACGGAUGAUUGCCGUCUUUUGAGUCAUUACUGAAUUAUGUAAUGUAACAUCAAACAUUAAACCUUGUAAACAAUUCAUGGUAACCUCGUAAACCAUAGAUUUAGACUGGGCAUUUGUUUAAAAUAAGCUUUUUAUUUGCUGAAAUGUGUGCCACUGCCCAGCUAAGGGACAGGCAGCUAUGAGACUGUUUAAUUUAAGUUUUACGGUACUCUGGCAUGUUUUUGUCACAACAAUGUAUUUUUUACAUUUGAGUCAUUUAGCAGAUGCUCUUAUUCAGAGCAGCUUACAGUUAGCGAGUCGCUUUGGAUGAGAGAGACAUCAGCCAAGUGUAUGAAUCUGUUAAAUGCCCUUCAGACAAUAUUCAUUAAACAUGUAAAAAUGAUGAUGAUGAUGAAUAAAGGAUUGUUACUGUUUAUCAUGUGAAGCACACUAACGCUUGCUCUCUUCUUACAGAGGAUGUCACCCCUAUUCCAUCAGACAGCACCCGCAGAAAGGGAGGUCGUCGUGGGCGUCGUCUGUAAUGUGCUUAUUUUGAGUUUUUCACUCAAUAAAAGGUUAAUUCCAA